CAGUCUUAUUCGGAAAAUAACAACCCAGCAAAUUAGUUGACCAAUAACUCUUUUUACUCUUCAUUCUUAAGACUAGAUAACAGUGUAACACGUCUUACUAGUUAAUAGUUCAAUGAUAGUAAGUUCAAAGUUGUUAAUAAAAAAAACACCAAACGACAAACCCACCCAACCGCGGUAUUCGAAUUGUAACACGGUUAGUGGUUACAACUUGCACAAUAACCUGUUGUUCACAAAAACAAAAGAUGGGCGUUAUAGUAUAUAUUCAUUAUGACAAGAUUUCACACAAUCGGUUUUAAUUUUUAGCACGUUUAAUUACAUUUUUAGUUGAUCUGUUACUGCGACACAAGUCUAAUCAUAUACUAGCAAUACCCGGGGACUAAACUAUGAACGGAGAUAGAUAUUUUGAUCACGAACUAGACAUAAGCACCGACCACUCCUCGGAUAACGAUCUGUCCACCAAUUCCACUCUGAUAAUGAGUUCGACUCGGUCUAGUGGCUCGGAGAAGAACGAAUCCGUACAUCAACUAAUGUCUCUUUAUAAUGAUGCAUUUAACGAAAUAUACGGAAACGCCCAAGAAAUACCUUUGUCGCAAGUCGCAAAUAUAACAAAUGAAUUGGAAGAAAAUUGUCUUCAAUUGCUAAACAAAAGUAAAACCUUACAAACGUUAAAAACUUCUAAAGACUCUAAGACCGAAAACAAAAUUAUUAUGCUUGAAAAUAAAGUGGUAGAAUUAAGUGAUCGCCUUCGAGAAAAGGAGACGACCAGUUAUUCUGAUAAUUGUUUGUUGAUUAAAAUGAUUUUCAUAUGUUCCCAAACGCCAUUUAUAGAUAUAUUAUUAGAAGAAAUAAGAGAAAAAAAAUGUUUAGACUACAUGGAAAAUAUACUGUCUUCUUAUUUCAAAAAACAUAAAAACCGAGUUUCACUUCAACAAAACGAACGUCAACUAAUUCUAUAUGUAUUGGCUAUUGUGGCCAAUACUUGUACUACUACAGAAGGAUGUGAUUUGUUCUAUAGCCGUUUGAGUAUUAUAUCAGCUAUAGUGUCGAUAAUAGCAAUCCCCGAAUAUGAUGUUAAAAGGAUCUCUUAUGCAAUACUUUACAAUUUAAGCAAGUACCUUAACAUCGGAAGAAUUGGAGUCUUCGAAAAUUCAGACUUGCUAGCCGUAAUUUUCAAAGAUAUACAAAAACCAAGUUAUCCGGAACAAAAAGACAUUAAAUUUUCCGCUCUUAAACUAUUAAAGUCUCUUACUUUAUCAAAAAAUGGAACCGGAAUUUUGUACACGCUAUUUAAAGACUACGAAAACGUAAUACUUCAAAUGAAAAGAUCUGAGGAUACAGAAGAUAUAAAAUAUCUGAAGUUAUCAAUUUUUGAAAAUUACAUGCUGGCAAAAGAAAUUUACGAUGUGCUCGCUAUCGCUUAAUUAAGUUGAUAUUUUUUAAUAAUUACACAUUUACUAGUAAAAUAUUUUAUACAACUAAAA